AGUUUGGCCCAGAGCAAGCGAUCCCGAGCCUGUUUCUGCCCCUGCCGCAACAGAGCACUGGUCUCCACCCGGACCCUCUAGGGAUGGCAGGCCUUGUGGACCCCCCCGCGAACCUGAAGGGCCCCGACCUGAUCGAGAAGAACAAGUGGUUCAUCUACAUCUGCUGCGGAGGCUGUGGAUGGGGAGACUGGAAGGACCCACUGUGCGGCUCCGACGUCGAGGACUUGACCCAGAAGGCCACCUGCAACACGACGUCGCUGAUGAACGACGACGGCCUCUGUGCGUGCCUCAACUUCCAGAUGAAUCAGACAGCGCAGUGCCAGUGCCCACCUGUGGAUGGUGCGCCAAAGUGCGUCUGCUUCAACACGCCCCUUGUACCAGGAGGCGGCAUGAGCAAGAAGAAGGGGGACGUCGAGUACCAAGCGAUCUUCGGGGACACCUGGUGGUACACCUACAUCUUCUGUGGCGGUUACGGCUGCAACGGUCUGAAGGCGCUGGAUCGCCCGAUGAUUGCAGGGUACCAGAAGUUCUUGAUCGUCGAGGGGUCCAUGGGCCUGAACGAGAAGAACGAGUGGCCUGGGGCGGGCAACGGCAUGACGAAGUGCACCGCCGGCCUCUGCAGCGGCGACAAUGUCUGCAUGCAGUCUGUCGAGACGUGCCUGUGCAUCUACACGCAGGUCAAGAUCCCGCCAGAGCAGGGUGCAAAGAAGUGCGUCUGCUGCGCGAAGGACAUCGUUCCGUGAGGCGCGCGCGGACGGUUCCUGGCAAAGGGGUCUCCCCGAUUUCGGGCCACCCGUCCGCCUUCUAGAGUGCGAGGGGCGCUUGUUUUCAAAGGGCCCGAACUCUUUCUGAGAGGCCCCCCGCCUUUCAGAAGGCCCCUGCUUCACUCUAGCUACCUUUUGCACGCCCCCAAACAUGGGGAUUGCUUCGAUUGUGCUGGAUAGCUCCAAGGGUCUGUCGUCUUGCCCUGUUUGGCAUGCGACGCCGCUUUCGGACCCAGACACAGUACUGACUGCUGGAUCAUGCUACGGUGCCGCUUUCAAGUGCAGAGCUUGGGUUUGACGCCAUCCUUUGCCUCCUCCAUUCUCCUCACUCCUCCCUUUUCGCUCCUCUUUGCGGGCUCCUCCAU